CUCCGUCAGGACCACCUUCGACCCGGACCACCUUCGCCUCGCAGGCGGCUUUCCACUUCGGCAUGGCUCGAUGGGCGGUCUUCGUCUGCGUCUGCUGUCUCCUCUUUCGUUCGUCGGAGUCCCGCUAUCUCCCGACUCGGCCCGAUUCCUCGUUCGAUCACGACGUCCAGCUGGCGAUCGUCAAGACGCUGAUAGCUGCAUCGGGGGGGCACCCGACGGAGGAUCCCGUGCCGCAGGCCGAGAAGCGACUCGCCUUUUACUCCUUCGCCCCGCUCCAACCGCGUCGACCUCGGACCGACUCUGUGGACACCCUUUGAGCAUCCUACGAACGCCCUCCGAACAUCUUAUGAACACCCUCUGAGCACUCUUUGCGGUCGAGACCCGACCCCUUUCCGUGGGAACGCGGCUGGACGUUCCGGAAUGCGGCUGGACGUUCCGGAUUCGGACGCCGUUUCGGUUCUUCCGUCUCUUACGUUCUUCGUCCCUUCUGUUCUUCGUCCUUUAUGUUCUUCGUCUCCUCUGCUUCUCGGGAAAUAAAAGAG